CACAGCAGAUAGAGAUGGAUGCUGUCACAGCUUUCAUCUUUCUUGUUUUAACCAAUUCAGCCACAGUUUUUUCUGCCCCUGUGUAUGCAAGUCACCUUUCAGAAGAAGAAGGCUCCAUUUGGCCUGGUGGAGACAGCCAACUAAGCAAUGAAACGUUCAACCAAGCAAAGGGUUUUCUGACGCGCUACUUUGGUGAUUCUUCAGCGGAGAUGCCCACUUCUAAGUUUCGAAAGUUGGUGAAAACGUCUUUGAGGAACAAACUGGAGAAAAUGCAAGAGUUUUUCGGGCUUAAGGUCACAGGAAACUUAGACAAAACAACACUAGAUGUGAUGAAGAAACCCAGAUGUGGUGUCCCUGAUAUUAAUAGAUACGGGCACUUUUAUGGGCAGCCCAAAUGGGGAAAGACUGACAUCACCUACAGAAUCACCCAGUAUACCACAGAUUUGAAUAAAAGAGACGUGGAUACUGCCAUCGCUCAAGCAUUCAAAUUAUAUAGUGAUGUUAUUCCACUAAACUUCAUUCAGAUCUACAGUGGCACUGCAGACAUCAUGAUCCUUUUUAAGGCAGGAGCUCAUGGAGAUUUCUAUCCUUUUGAUGGGCCUCAUGGAACGCUGGCACAUGCUAAUUCACCUGGACCUAGUGAAGGUGGUGAUACUCAUUUCGAUGAAGAUGAAACAUGGACUUUGACUCCUCGAGGAAUAAACUUGCUUCUUGUGGCAGCUCAUGAAUUUGGUCAUGCACUUGGACUGGAUCAUUCUAGGGAUCCAUCAGCACUAAUGUAUCCCACUUAUCAAUACGUGGACACACGUGGCUAUCAGCUGCCCAGAGAUGAUAGGCUUGGUGUGCAAGCUUUAUAUGGUUCCCGGCAGCCAAAUAGGCCUGAACCAGCAAGACCAACUGAGAAGCCUAAACCUCAGCCAAAUCCUAAACCUAAUCCCAACCCAGGGGACCCAGCUUCAACUCUGCCAGCAGUGCCAGAACAGUGUAAUAGGGACCUCGUCUUUGAUGCUGCAACAAGCAUUAGAAGAGAGCUUUAUUUCUUUAAAAAUGGAUACUUUUGGAAAAAAAGUACUUUACUUAAUGGAAUUCAGUUGAACACUGUUAAAUCUGUUUGGCCUCAGAUCAAUGCUGUUGAUGCUGCAUAUGAAGUCCCUUUUAAAGAUACUACAUUUCUUUUCCAAGGACACCAGUACUGGGCUACUAGAGGUUAUUAUAGCUUAUCUGGAUAUCCAAAGGAAAUUUAUGAUCUGGGCUUUCCACACAGUGUAAGAAAGAUUGAUGCUGCUGUGUAUGUAGCAGACAUUAAAAGAACACUUUUCUUUGUGAGAUCAAGAUACUGGAGUUACAAUGAAGAGAAAAGAACAAUGGACAGAGGCUAUCCCAGACACAUCAAACAAGAUUUUCCAGGAAUCGAUGGAAAUAUAGAUUCAGCUUUUGAAAACUAUGGUUUCCUGUACUUUUCCAAUGGACCUCGUCAGAGUGAAUAUGAUUAUAAGAGACAAAAAGUGGUUCGGGUCCUAUUGAAUUAUGGUUGGCUGGAUUGCUAUUAGUAAGCUGUGGAUCUACACAACCCUGCAUCCUUGGCGUAGGCUUAGAAAAACGAAUAAACAAAUUGCUUUUAAUCUUAUUCAGUUAGUCUUGAAGAAUUAUAAAUAGUACAUAGUCACAAUACAAUCUGGAAAGAGUGGCACCAAUCGUGUAGGAUUUUAAUGAUAUCUCUACUUUGAUCUUUUACUGAAAAAUGUUCUUGUUAAGUUGAUUGGCAGCUUUUAAUUGGCCCUGUGGUUGUGUGAGUGUGCUCUCCACAUUCAAAGCAGCCUGUUAGGGUAGGCUCCACCUCCCUGUGACCUUUAACUGGAAUAAGUAGGCUUGGACAAUGAAUGACUGUUUCUGCAGUGUGUGUGUGUGUGCGUGUGUUUGUGUGUGUGUGUGUGUCAGCUGGUUCCUGACUUGAACCUGAUGCUAAUUAAGCUUUGGAUUUCUGCAAGCCUGUAACAGGAAUGCAGUUGUGUGGAAAAAAAAAUGGAAAGAUGAAAAAUGUUCUCUUUUUGGAUUUUAUUAUGUUCAGAAUUUUAAACAAUACAUAUUUUCAAUACAUUUUAACUGCUGUUGAGCACCACAUGCUAUAAAGUAUUUUACUUUUACUUCAUAUGGCCUAAUAAUGAAUUAAUUUUGCUGUAAUUAUUAUUUUAAUUGUGGAAAAAAAUAAGAUCUACAAGUAUUUUGGUGAAACACAGAAUAUUAUCAAAACUAAUCAGCUCUAUUUAAGUUAUAAAUAUAAUUUUAAAUAAUCUUUUAUAAACUCUUCAUCUGAUUUUUUUUUAAACAGAGUACAAUUUAUUUUCAUUAGUAAUUUGUAAAACUUAUUUUCUGCACCGAAAUAUGGUAGCCCCAUAUAUAUUAUUAUGGUAAUUUUUUUUUAUACUGUUUAACUCUUUAUAGUAUUAAUUUUAUUUGAAAAUGUAAAGUUGAGUCAUUGUCAAUGUUCAAAUUAUAUUUUAAAAGUAUUACUUAAUAAAUGAUACUUUAAUAAGCUAUUCGAUAGUAACUUUUAGGCUUUACUUAACUGUUACUAUUAUUACCGCUUUAAAGGGCUGUGAGUUUGAUUAUUUUGCUAUUUGUAUAUGAUGUCUGAAUGUAAUAAAGUCUAAUUAAGGUGUAAGAGAGCUGAAAUUACAGUUUGUUCAAAAAA